GAAGAGUGGAGGAAUGCACAAUGGCGGCAGCUUCUACCUGAGGUGUGUGUAGUGUCUCCGGCCUACGGUCUCCAGUCAAGGAGAAUAAAGUUGCCUUGGGAUACCACAGCCAGCAUGAAGUUUUAGAAUCUUCCUUUAGUUGACUGUAAGGCGUAUUUUGAGUGCUCGGUGCUCAGAAGCAAGAAGGGCAGCACUCACAGCGGCUGGAGCUGAAAUACUUAAGCAAAAUGGAAGAAAUGGACCUGGAUCUGACUCCAUCCAAAGCUCCAGAGGGCUCUCCUCAAGCCGGCCCAAGUGUCCUGCAGAUGGACACCAAUGCAAAUGCCUCAUCUCUGGGGUCACUCGGCGACUCCGAGUUGAGGGAGCUUGUAGAAGAGGCGGCUUUCCAGACACUGGCUGAAGAACCCUUGUUGCAGUUCUACUACAGCCCUAAUUUUCAAAGGCAGUUUCCUGAGCUGAUGAAGAAGAUAAAGAGACUAGGAGUUAACAAUGGAUACUCUCCCACUGUCAAUCAAAUGACCAGAAAGACCACUGAAAAAAUGCAGGAUCAGAUAGCAGCUUCUCAGCCCACUGGAAAAAAAAGUUCUUCUAAACCACCAAAUGAAAACCAGCAAAAAUCUAACGACAAAACACCUGCCAAAAACAAGAAACCUGAUCCAACCAGGCCCCAACCUGAAAGCUGUCCCUCAGUUGCACAGGCAAUUUCAGUGAAAACAGCAGAGAGUGUUGCUGCAGGUGAAAAUGGAAGAUUAAACCAGCCAGAGCUGGCCCCUAUCCAUGUUCAGCAAAGCAACCCCACUCCGGUUAAUGCUCAAAAUGUAGUCUUGCCUGUAGUAACUUCCCCAGUUUACCAUAUCAUUCCUGCUUCACAGGAUAGUUCUUUUAGCUCCGUAAUAGGAAUUCCUGCGUUCCAAAUCAUCUAUCCCAAUUUGUUAGUGGUGCCUACUAACCUGCCUGACGGGCUGCCGGUUUACAACUCAUGGCUCUCUGUGCCUGUGAUAGCUGCUCCACCUGCCACCCCAAUGGCAAGUGAUCCCCAAGGUAUACACCACCACUGUCCUACCUGCAAUUGCUUUGCAAACAAUGUUUCAGCUCCUGCAGGCCCGCCUGAGUCCACGGGAGCCACAGGAUUCCACAGCUAAACAGCUCAUUGUUUAAAAAAAAAAUGAGGCAUCAA